AUGAAGUUCAUCUGUCAGUGGAUUCUUCUGUCCAUUGUCAUGAUAGCAGUGACCAUGAUGUGCUGUGUUGAGGCCAAGACCACACCCAAGCCCAAGUAUUACUACACCAAGAAGCCUCUGCCUCCGGUCACGGCGCACAACCUCAGGAUCCCCGGCACACCGAAGCCCAAGAUGGGCUAUAAUCCACCUGAGCUUCGCCCGCUGUCUACCUACCCCAUUAAUGCUUUUCCUCAGGACCACACAGUAAGCACAGAUCCUCCCAGUGUAGGCCCUGACAACUACACCCUGGAUUACAACGAGUGUUACUUUAACUUUUGCGAGUGCUGUCCACCUGAGCGAGGCCCCCAAGGUCCAAAGGGAGACGAUGGCCCAGCAGGGCCAACGGGGGAAAGAGGCUUUACCGGGUCAGCUGGCUCACCUGGACCAAAGGGUGCAAGUGGUUCGAGGGGGAUCAAAGGGGACAAAGGGGAAAAGGGUGAAAGGGGAUACACUGGUCCAGGUGGAUAUCCUGGGGUUAUGGGGAAACCAGGGCAGAAAGGUGAUCUUGGACCUAAAGGUGAGAAAGGUGAGGCUGGGAUGCAAGGAGUUAAAGGCGAUGAUGGGCAGAGAGGUGAAUCUGGACCGAGUGGGACACCUGGUGAGAAAGGAGAACCGGGAAAAGCGGGGCCAGUUGGACCCCCUGGAGUGAAUCUUGGUCCUAAAGGAGAUAAGGGUGAUAAGGGGGAGUGUGGGACAUACGGGGAAAGAGGGCCAAAAGGUAAUCGCGGGGACACCGGUGCUCCAGGAAUACCAGGAGCGAUGGGAAUCCCCGGAAUCAACGGCAAACACGGAUCUGCGGGUCCUGUCGGCGUUCGUGGGGAUCCUGGACCUCCUGGAGCACAGGGGGAACCUGGUGUGAGUGGAGCACAGGGGCCACAAGGUGUUCGAGGAGUGCAGGGGCCAAAGGGGGAUAGAGGUUACCACGGGAUGAGAGGUGAAAGAGGAAUGCGUGGUUUUAAAGGAGCAAAGGGAUCAGGCUUCCCCACCAAACGCUCAGCAUUCAGCGUGGGCAUCUCCCCAAAAAGGUCCUUCCCGCCGUCUGGAUUCCCCGUCCGCUUUGACAAAGUGUUCUACAAUGACGAGAACCACUUCAACUUCAGCAGCAACAGCUUUGUGUGCGUCCACGCCGGCGUGUAUGUCUUCUCCUACCACAUCACCGUACGAAAUCAACCCCUGCGCGCCACGCUGGUGGUGAACGGCUCACGACGGGUGAGGACCAGGGACUCGCUGUACGGCCAAGACAUCGACCAGGCGUCCACUCUGGUGGUGCUGCGUUUGGGGGCGGGCGAUCAGGUGUGGAUUGAGACCUUCAGAGACUGGAAUGGGGUGUACGCCAGCAGUGAAGACGACAGUAUCUUCUCUGGGUUUCUACUUUACUCACCCUGA